AGCCGAAUUAACGCUCGGGAACAACAUGGCGGCUCGUGAUGCAGGUAGCUAAUGGCUAAGUGAAACAAAAACAUCGCGACUCGAUGCACAAGUAUAUUAUUGUUCUGAUAAAAAAAGAAAGAUGUUUAUUGCGCACUGUAGAGUGGACCGGAAAUAAGGCAAUAGUAAUUAUCUUUAACACUUUGGACUUAUUUAGCUCGCUGGCUAACGAGUUGAGCAAUGUGGACCUGUUCAAACGUAAACAUCCGGUUGCUGGUUCACGCAUGCAUGUGUCGUAUGAAGGAGUUUGGUUUCAAUUUUAAAUCUCUACCGGCACCAGAUUAAUCAGGAGUUAUCGAUAGAACUGGCUUCUCUGGGUUAUAUUUUGGCCGAAGGUGUAUAAGUAUCACGCUGUGUUUAAUUUCCACACACACACACACAGGAUCUCAAGUCUGGAAGUUUGCUUUUGCUGGUUCGAUCUGGAUCUUUGGCUUAAUCACAGAUCUGAUGACUCUGGAGAUAAAACUGGGACCUGAACUGUUCAAGGACGAUUUACAACUGAUAUUUAAAUCGAGUGGACUGCAAUUAUCAAUCUCAGUCUGACGAGGUCAUAGCAUGGGUUUGCUUCAGUUUAUUUUCAGUGCUCUUGGAAAGUGCACUGACCUCAUUUGCCUGCUUUUAGACAUAAACUUCAUCAUCGUCAACUCAUUAGUUCGGUUGUUUGCGGCGCUUGUGCAUGUGAUCAGCGUUUUACCCAUGCUGCUCACUAAUUCACUGUUGGAAUGUGUGGAUCUCUGUCUCUUCUGCAUGAUCACCAUGAUGGACAGCAUGACUGUCGUGACCCAUAAUGUGGUCGGAGGCUGGCUGCAGCUACUUGGCGGAGUGCUGGAAAGCUGUAAAAUGAUAGGCUACCUGUCCACGCAUUUACUGCUGCGCACCAAAGAGCUUCUGCAUCGUGGGCUGCUCUCAGGACAAGGCUUUCUGCGGCAGAUCUGCGAGGGCUGCGGCAUUGUGUUCAGCCUUUUGCUUUACUUCGUCAACACCAUCAUCAAUCUCCUGCUCAUAGGAACACAGAACCUCUACGCUUUGCUGCUCACCAUGGUCGAAGCUGUCGCCAGCCCGUUACAGAAAGCUCUGGAGCUGGCCUUGACUGUCCUUACCUUCUUCUACAGCACCCUGGUGGGCACUUCGAUUCUACUUUGGACGCCGUGCAGACUAGCUGUGGAGUUUGUGAGCUCUCUGGGACACCUCUUAAUCAGUGUCUUCUUGCUCAAUUCCUAUGGGCUGCUGCUGACCGUAGUUAUAAUCGUAAGUGCCACCGUCUACCUGAAUCGUCCACUGUGUCAGAGAGGAGUUCAGCGAAUAAUUGACUAUGUCGAGACAGUGCCUGCUUUGCAGCGGCUCCAGAGAACACGACAGCAGUUGUACUUGCUGGAAAGACACUUGUGGCAGUGCAUAGCCUGGGUGCACAGUCGUCUUGGGCUUUGGAUGACGUUUGCAGGAAUGGCGGCUCUCAGAACAGGAGACGGGCCUGUUCAGGAAGUCAACACUGAGCAAGACCUGACUGACAUGCCUGAGAGAGUGGAAAUGAGGGAUGCUGCUGCUGCUGCUGAUGAUGAUGAGCAGCCCCAAGCACUCCUGCCAGCUCCUGAACCCCCGGACCAGGUGCCUCCUAGUUCCAGCUCUCGCAGGAUCCUGCGGAAAAUGGCGUCUGAGGACAGCUGUAAAGUCCCACCUGCUGACAACCUGCUCACGCUCCUUCAGGAGCAGGAGGAGAGAAAGAAGUGUGUCAUAUGCCAGGACAGCACCAAAACCGUUGUGCUUCUGCCCUGCCGCCACUUGUGCUUAUGCAGAGACUGUACCGACCUGUUGCUGCAGCAACCCAUCUACCAGCACAACUGCCCACUGUGUCGCCGCAUGAUCCUUCAGACCAUGGACGUAUAUCUCUGAAGAACUGUUUAAUGUUGAUGAAUCUCAGGUUAACAAAGCACAGCUAUGUUCCCCAGUGUCAGCUGUGUUUGUCAACCAGGCUGUGCAGACUCUCUUGUCCAUUCCACUGUGCUGAAUCUUUUGCUAUUGUAAAUCCGCACGAACAUUCCUUUUUUACGCACACACACACACACACGGUGAGGCUUGCAUCUAUGAGACAGCCCUUUUGUAUGUGGGUUUUUUUUUCUCCCCUUUCUUUCCUGUGAUUGAGCUUUUGUAUUGAUGCACACAAGUUUAUAUGGGAGUGUUGAAUACGUGAUUUGUAACUUGUACUUGGAGUAAGAACGGCAAAGAUUAUAUCAUGUUAUUGCAAUACAAAUCCGUAUGCACUAUCCAGUGGUCUAAAUGUGAGCUGUUAUUAGGCACAUAUUUGUGAUGCAGUACUCUAGCCUUAUAAUGUGAAUGAAUGGCUUGUUUAUUGCCCGAAAUCCUCAAAUUACAAAUGAUUUUCUACAAA